AUGAACUCCAACAGAAUUAACACUAACAUUAGACAACAACAACAAAUAAUUGAUGGACAACAAUUAAUUCAAUCACGUUCAAGUAUUUAUUCUUCUGAUGGGUUUUCUUGUUCAUCUGACAGUUUACCUGCUCCCUUACUUUACCAAAGAAAUUCUUCGAAUAUCGUAGAAUUUGAACAAAAUCAACAAAAUAUUCAUUUAAAUCAAAACAAUAAUAGACAAGCUCAGACAAAUUUGGCUUGGGAUACUUUUAGGUUAUUACCUCCAGAACCUGAUAAAAAUAAUAAAGCCAAUUUAUAUAUCAUCUUUCUUCAAAUACUCAAAUUAUUAACAUUUUUUGUACUUUUUAUUAUCACACUUAGCAGCUCUAUAAUUUCUAAAUUAAUUUUGCUUGUAAUGGCCGCAGGUUUAGGACAAUCUGGUAAAAAUAUAAGUAUUUGUCCAGACAAAAUACCUGAAUCUACAGAAAAUAGGGUUAUUAUUUCACCAAAAAAUGCGGCAAAAUGGGCUUGGGCCCUUCUAUUGUCUUUAUGUUUACCUGAAUUAUUUUGUUUUGCUCGUUCUCUACAUCGAAGUAUGUUCAGAAAAGUUAGAGGCCUUGCUUUUGCUCAUUUUUUAAUUGUUAUUAUUUAUUUUAAUUAA